AGGGGAAAAAAGUAAAAGAAAUACUUAAACGGAAUGCGUAGGUUAUGAAAAGAACAUACAAAUCAACUUAAUGAAGCCAAAUGUCUUUGCUUGUUAUUGACAGAUGAAAGAAAUUGUGAGAAACUAUUUCGUGGAAGCGAAAUGGUUCAUAGAAGGAUAUAUGCCACCAGUUUCUGAAUAUCUUAGCAAUGCAUUAGCUACCAGCACUUAUUACUUGCUUACCACUACAUCCUACUUGGGCAUGAAGUCUGCUACCAAGAAAGAUUUUGAAUGGUUGGCCACGAACCCUAAAAUCCUUGAAGCCAAUGUGACCUUAUGUCGAGUCAUUGAUGACAUAGCCACCUAUGAUGUUGAGAAGGGUAGAGGUCAGAUUGCAACUGGAAUUGAGUGUUAUAUGAGGGAUUAUGGCGUAUCAACACAAGUAGCAAUGGAAAAAUUUCAAGAAAUGGCUGAGACAGCAUGGAAGGAUGUAAAUGAAGGAAUUCUUCGACCAACUCCUGUCUCUGCAAAGAUUCUGACUCGUAUUCUCAAUCUUGCUCGCAUUAUUGAUGUCACUUACAAGCACAACCAAGAUGGAUACACUCAUCCUGAAAAAGUACUAAAACCUCACAUUAUCGCCUUGUUAGUGGACUCUAUUGAAAUUUAAAUUUAAAAUCAUCAAUUGUUGGUUCCCGGCCCCUCAAAUAAGUAUUUGAUCUACAUUUGUUGGUAUCUCUGUAGCUAGCUGGGGUAGGAAAUGCUGACGAUACAUGUUAUCGUGCAGUGAAGUUACCUCUUUCUUGAAUAUUUUUGUAUCAUCAUUGACAUUUAAUUUGAGGGAAAAGGCAUAGAUUCACUUAUGAA